GUUCAAUAGGCUCAAUUGAUCCCGUAACUUCACACAUAGCCGGUCAUAUAACACUUAAACGUCGAGCCCUAGACAACCUCCUCCAGCGCUUUCUUUCCCUUCUCAGGCAUGGUGAGCCAGCACCAGCGAUGCCGAGCGGAGCAGCACUUUUCCCGAAAGAGGCAUCUCAGCAUUGAAUCAAGGGAAUUCAGAACAUUCAAUGCCUCCUCUCCAAUGUUUACAUGGUCUCUGGUGGUAGGAAGCACUGCACAACUGUAAGAAUUGUAUGGCUCUGCACCUGUUAAGAUGAGCGGGAAAGACAAGACAGGCUAUGAGAUACUUGAAUCUCUGGAUAGCCCACCAGUAACCACGGUGGACCCGUUUUCUGAUGAGUCGCAUUACCAACUACGUGAGGAUAUCCCGCUAGUACAGACCAGCCACUCUGUGCCCUCGGAGGGCAAGGUGAUAAAGUCACAACCCGUGUCCACGAGUGCCCCCGUGGUGUUCUCCAAGAGCAAGCUGCUGAAGGCCAGGUAUCACGACGAUGAGGAGUCCCAGCUGUUGGACCAUGACCGUACCAAUGGUGAUGAGGCAUCCAGUCCAACGACUUUCCCUUCAUCCCAUUUUCUCAACGCUGGCACACUGUCUCCCUUGAACAACAGUCACACGUCGAGGCCCAAGAGGUCGAGGUCUGUGAUAUCCAUGAGAUCGAUUAACGACACAGUCUCGAGAUGGACCAAUUCGAUAACCAAGUGGACAUCGUCUUCAAACUGUAUAGAUGGCGUACCGAGUGAAAUCCAAUAUUCAGUGUUUAAGGCUCCCCUGGGACUAACCCCAGUGCAAUCAAUACCCAGGGAAGGGUUUCUGAACCAAGGCCCGGUGACUGAAGCCGAGUUCCAUAUCAUUGUGGAGGAUGCCAUUGUUGCCAUUGAGACUGGGAUUAAGCCAAAGCGAAUCUCUGCUGGGUCCUCAGGCAGCUAUUUCAUUUACAGCAAGCAGAACAAGAUAGUUGGCGUGUUCAAGCCAAAGGAUGAAGAGCCCUAUGGUCCACUCUCGCCGAAAUGGACGAAAUGGCUGCACAGAAAUCUAUUCCCAUGUUUCUUUGGAAGAAGCUGUCUUAUCCCUAAUCUUGGAUACGUAUGCGAAUCUGCUGCCAGUCUACUGGACAGACAACUUCUAUCGAACAUUGUCCCCUAUACCGACAUUGUUUCGAUAUCCAGCGAUUCGUUUUACUAUUCCUUUUGGGAGAGGACCAGUUCCAAGCCGUUGAGGGCCAAAGUUGGCUCUUUACAACUUUUCCUUAACGACUAUGAAGAAGCAGAUAAGUUCUUGAGCAAGCAUCCACUCCCCGGAUCAGGCUGGCUAUUACAUGGACUCCAACAGGACUCGCUGCCUUCACUCCGUUUCCGUGAUGAAGUUGACGAUGACACUACUCCGCAGUUUAGAUGGACACCUGAUGUUUUACAACAGUUUCGAGAGGAAUUGGAGAAACUCGUGAUAUUGGACUACAUAAUGAGAAACACCGAUAGAGGGCUGGAUAACUGGAUGAUUAAAUUAACAUGGGAAACGACCCUGGCAGGGGAAAGUGUGCCCAAGUUGAAAAUUGGUGCUAUAGACUCAGGACUGGCAUUCCCUUGGAAGCAUCCAGAUGAAUGGAGAUCUUAUCCGUUUGGAUGGCUAUUCCUACCUGCAGACGUUAUUGGCCAGCCGUUUUCAGAUGCCACCAGAAGACACUACUUACCCCUACUGACCUCUACUGUAUGGUGGGAGGAAACGUCGUUGCUGUUCAGGGAGCUAUUUGCCAAAGACGACGACUUCAAAGAGCGCAUGUGGAAGAAGCAAUGGGCCGUGCUGAAGGGCCAGGCUUUCAACGUUGUCGAGACUCUCAAGAACCCGACCCAAGGCCCCCUCGAGCUUGCAAGACGUACUCGAAUCCUCGUUUGGGAUGAGAUCAUGGAGGUACCUGUGAGCGUUCCCACUAAUGUCGUCAACAUUGCUAUAGAGACACCACUGUGUGUAAGGCACAACAACAGAAACAAGCCAUCUCCAACGCUGGAUCCUAUUCAAGAAAACCUUCCAGCCAGUGCACUGACUAACGAUGAGCUGAAAUCACCAUCCAGCAGCAGAGUUCGCUCCAACUCGUGUUCCGAGUCCAACGGCCUGAUGUUUGCACAGGAAUCCAUGGCCAGUAAGAAGGUGAUCAUCGAGAGACUACAGAUGGUUACAUCUAAGCCUCCUGUUUUCACGUGGUGCUAGUGUACCACCUCGUAAGCGAAUAUUUACUUCAAAUCUACGCAUACAUAAUUGGAUGUUAACGUAAUUGGAUGCUUAAGCGUAUAAAACCCA